AGCACCCACGUGCUAAGAAAGAUUGGGAAAGGUGAGCCUGCUCGGCGCCGGUGGUCCUCAGAAGGCGGAUACUCGAAGGGACUUCCUUUUCCUAGCCUUAAAUUGGGGCGCAGUCCUCCUCCUUGGGUUUCUCUUUACUAGGAGGUUGGAGCUAUCCCUGGAUCUGGCUCACGGAGUUUUUGAGUCUUUCACUGCUGAGAUUUCUUACAUCUAACCAUGCGUCUUUCGGCCCUGCUGGCCUUGGCAUCCAAAGCCACUCCCGGUCUCAACCACCGUUGAUGAGAUGAUGGGAUGAGCCGACCAGGCUCCCUAUCAGACAAGAGGAAUCCCCAAUGGAGCAGGCGGCGCCCAAUGGUGGUAGAGCCCAUCUCUGAGGAAGACUGGCACCUAUUCUGUAGAGACAUGGUGGGGAUCUUAGAAGGCAAGGACGCUGGGAAGCAGGGCAAAGUGGUUCAGGUCAUUCGAGAGCAGAACUGUGUUGUCCUGGAGGGGCUGAACACGCAUUUCCGCUAUAUUGGCAGAACCAAGGAUCAUCGAGGGACCAUGAUCCCCAGUGAAGCUCCCUUGCUUCAUAACCAGGUCAAGCUAGUGGACCCUGUGGACAGGAAACCCACUGAGAUCCAGUGGAGAUUUACUGAGGAAGGAGAGCGGCUUCGAGUCUCUACAAGAUCUGGGAGAAUUAUCCCCAAACCUGAAUUUCCUAGAGCAGAUGGCAUUGUCCCAGAAACAUGGACUGAUGGCCCCAAGGACACAUCAGUGGAAGAUGCUCUAGAAAGAACCUAUGUGCCCCGGCUAAAGACAUUAGAAGAAGAGGUGAUGGAGGCAAUGGGGAUCCAGGAGACUCGAAGACACAAGAAGGUUUAUUGGUAUUGAGUCCAAGAGUGCUGCUUCUGCCUACUCAGUCUUCACCUUGAGGGUGGGGAAUCCUCCUCCUCCAACACCAAUAAAGAGCCCUGAGUGCA